AUGACCUCUAUCACACCCAUCACACCUGGUAUCGCCCUCGUCACUGGCGCUUCGUCCGGUAUAGGACGCUCGGCGGCAAUAGCGCUGCACAAAGUGGGAUGGACGGUCAUUCUGGUCGCGCGCAGGAAAGACGCGCUGGAAGACGCUGUACAGCUCAUGAACGAGGGGGGCGGGGAGCGAGCUCGGGCCUUACCUGCCGAUCUAUCGGUUGAAGAAGAGGUCCUUGCUGUCUUUGAGACUAUCAAGAAAGACUAUGGACGACUCGAUCUGCUCUUCAACAAUGCGGGAAUGGGAUCACGCAAGAUACCGAUAGAAGAGCUACCCUUGGCAGAGUUCCGUAAGGUGAUGGAACUCAACGUGACGGCCAGCUUCAUAUGCGCUCAGGAGGCGGUCAGGUUGAUGAAGGCGCAGAGUCCAAAGGGCGGUCGGAUUAUCAACAACGGCUCGAUAUCUGCAUACACUCCGCGUGUCUUCUCUGCCCCAUACACAAUGUCCAAGCACGCCAUACUAGGCUUGACAAAAUGUCUCGCUCUGGACGGAAGGGCGGACAACAUCGCUUGCUCGCAGUUAGAUAUUGGAAACGCCAACUCUGGUAUCCACGGGACGACCGAGAUGCUUCAACCUAACGGUAACAAGCAAGCCGAAGAACAAUUCCACGUCGAUUAUGCUGGGCAGGCCGUGCUAUACAUGGCUAGUUUGCCUUUGGGUACACUGAUGGCAACUACCAUGCCGUUUGUAGGUCGGGGAUGA